UGUGUUUCCAUUUCUCCAUCCAUGAUGGUUAUUUCUGUCUCUGUGUCUCACUGCACCUGAGUAAACAGAUCCCAGGAUCCCUGAACACAAGCAGAAUCUGUGCCUGUUGUUCUCCUGGCUCCUGGAGGGCACGGUGGGCUCUGCUCCUGCUGGGAGGAGAGCGUCAGGUGGCACCGGGUGGCACAGAGAGCUGCUCUCUGGAGCCGCCUGGGCAGCCGUGGCCAGGGCAUGAGCUGAAGGGGGUGUGCAGCCGUGGGUGGCUGCAGAGGGACUGGCAGCAGCUGAGCCACGUGGAACUAAACUGAGUGAGCCGGGAGGAAGGAUGAGGGUGCUGGCACGCAGAGCCGGCCGCACCCACAGGAGCCGUCACACAGCAGAGCUGCCCUCCUCCAGCAAGGACGGCUGCGGUUGUGUAAUAAUCCCGGUGGGACUCACAGCGCUGUGUGGCAGGAGCGGAGCGGGCCUCAUAGGAGUUCCAGGUGUUCCCUGAGCUGGAUUAAAUGCCUCUGCGCUGUGGGGGUGGGGACAGCGUGGGGGGAAGCCGGGAAGAGCCGGGGCCAGAGGACCCCCCACCGAGAAAGAGAAAGAGCUCAGAGCCGGGGGCUGGAGGCCUGGAGGAGCCGAUGUGGGAGAGGCCCUCGUGGGAGGGCCCCAGUGGCCGGGAUGGUAAAAGACUUCGGAGCAAACUGAUCGAUUGUAAUUACAUGAAGGUGAAGCUGGUGAUGAUGUGUCAGAUGGGGAGCGUUCAGGAAAACUCCUACAAAGAGUCGCAGUGCACGCUCUGCGGGGAGCCGGAAGAGGAAGAAGGUGGAGACCUGGUCCAGCCGGGCAUCAGCUUUCCAGGGCCGGCAGAAGAGGAUCUAGACCCGCAGUACUCAUGGUCGCCCACGCAGCACUUCAAUGAGGAGCGCUACUCGCCCGCGCCCAGGAGCAUGAAGGGCCUCUCCGGAAGUCGGACCCAGCCGCCGCUGUGUCCCGGGCACACGUGCGGUCUGGCGCCCCCCGAGGACUGCGAGCACCUGCACCGCGGGCCCGACGCGCGGCCGCCCUACCUGCUGAGCCCCGCGGACAGCUGCCCCGGGGGGCGCCACCGCUGCUCGCCGCGCAGCUCGGUGCACUCGGAGUGCGUGAUGAUGCCCGUGGUGCUGGGCGACCACGUGUCCAGCAGCACCUUCCCGCGGAUGCACUACAGCUCGCACUACGACACGCGCGACGACUGCGCCGUGGCCCACGCGGGCACCAAGAUCAACCGCAUCCCGGCCAACCUGCUGGACCAGUUCGAGAAGCAGCUGCCGCUGCACCGGGACGGCUUCCACACGCUGCAGUACCAGCGGACGUCCGCGGCCGCCGAGCAGCGCAGCGAGAGCCCCGGGCGGAUCCGCCACCUGGUACACUCCGUGCAGAAGCUCUUCACCAAGUCGCACUCGCUGGAGGGCUCCUCCAAGAGCAACGCCAACGGCACCAAGGCGGACGGCCGGGCGGACGACCACCACCACGCCCACCACGCCAAGCACAGCAAGAGGAGCAAGAGCAAGGAGCGCAAGCCCGAGGGCAAACCCCGGCCCGGCGUGAGCAGCUGGUGGAGCUCGGACGACAACCUGGACAGCGACAGCACCUACCGGACGCCCAGCGUGCUCAACCGGCACCACCUGGGCCCGGUGGCCCACUGCUACCCCGACGCGCUGCAGAGCCCGUUUGGGGACCUGUCCCUCAAGACCUCCAAAAGCAACAACGACGUCAAAUGCUCAGCCUGCGAGGGUUUGGCGCUGACACCCGAUGCCAAGUACCUGAAGCGCAGCUCCUGGUCCACGCUGACGGUCAGCCAGGCCAAGGAGGCCUACCGCAAGAGCUCGCUGAACCUGGACAAGCCGCUGCUGCACCAGGACGCCAAGCCCGCCCUGAGGCCGUGCCACUACCUCCAGGUGCCUCAGGACGAGUGGGGAGGGUACCCCACCGGUGGCAAAGAUGAAGAGAUUCCCUGCAGGAGAAUGAGAAGCGGGAGUUACAUUAAAGCCAUGGGGGACGAGGAGAGCGGAGAGUCAGACUCCAGCCCCAAGACGUCACCAAAGUCGGCGAUCCGACCGGAGCCGCUGCUGAAGUCCAUCGGACAGAGACCGCUUGGAGAGCACCAGACCCAAAGCUACCUGCAAGCUGCAAGCGACGUGCCUGUGGGCCACAGCCUGGACCCCGCUGCGAACUACAACUCCCCGAAAUUCCGCUCCCGGAACCAGAGCUACAUGAGGGCCGUCAGCACCCUGAGCCAGGCCAGCUGCGUGAGCCAGGUGAGCGAGGCGGACAUCAAUGGGCAGUUCGAGUCCGUGUGCGAGUCCGUCUUCAGUGAAGUCGAAUCUCAGGCCAUGGACGCCCUCGACCUCCCGGGAUGUUUCCGAACAAGGAGUCACAGCUACCUUCGAGCCAUUCAAGCCGGCUACUCCCAAGAUGACGAAUGUAUUCCCAUGAUGACACCCUCUGACAUCACCUCCACCAUCAGGUCAACAGCAGCCGUCUCAUAUACAAAUUACAAGAAAACCCCCCCACCAGUGCCCCCUCGGACCACCUCCAAGCCUCUGAUCUCGGUGACGGCGCAGAGCAGCACCGAAUCCACCCAGGAUGCCUACCAGGACAGCCGCGUACAGAGGAUGUCGCCGUGGCCCCAGGACAGCCGCAGCCUCUACAACUCCACGGACAGCCUGGACAGCAACAAGGCCAUGAACCUCGCCCUGGAGACGGCCGCGGCCCAGCGCCACAUGCCCGAGAGCCAGAGCAGCUCCGCGAGGACCAGCGACAAGGCCAUCCUGGUGUCCAAGGCGGAGGAACUCCUCAAGAGCCGCUGCUCCUCCAUCGGGAUUCAGGAUUCUGAAUUCCCAGAGCAUCAGCCAUACCCAAGGUCAGAUGUGGAAACGGCCACAGAUUCUGACACGGAGAGCCGUGGUCUGCGGGAAUACCACUCCGUCGGGGUGCAAGUGGAAGAUGAGAAGCGACACGGCCGUUUUAAACGUUCUAACAGCGUCACGGCUGCCGUCCAAGCUGACCUGGAGCUGGAGGGGUUCCCAGGCCACAUCACCAUGGAGGACAAAGGCCUCCAGUUCGGCUCAUCCUUCCAGCGGCACUCCGAGCCCAGCACCCCCACCCAGUAUGGCGCGGUGAGAACUGUACGGACCCAGGGGCUCUUCAGCUAUCGAGAAGACUAUCGGACCCAAGUGGACACCUCCACCCUGCCCCCUCCGGACCCGUGGCUGGAGCCCGCCAUCGACACAGUAGAGACUGGGAGGGUGUCUCCGUGCCGCAGGGAUGGGUCCUGGUUUUUGAAGCUGUUGCACACGGAGACGAAGAGGAUGGAAGGCUGGUGCAAAGAGAUGGAGCGAGAGGCGGAGGAGAACGAUCUCUCGGAGGAAAUUCUCGGGAAAAUCAGGAGUGCCGUUGGGAGUGCCCAGCUUCUCAUGUCCCAGAAAUUCCAGCAGUUUUAUUGGCUUUGCCAACAGAAUAUGGACCCCAGCGCCAUGCCGAGGCCGACGUCGCAGGACCUGGCCGGCUACUGGGACAUGCUGCAGCUCUCCAUCGAGGACGUCAGCAUGAAGUUCGACGAGCUGCAGCGGCUUCGGCUCAAUGACUGGAAGAUGAUGGAGUCCCCGGAAAGAAAGGAAGAAAGAAAGGUCCCACCUCCAAUACCAAAGAAGCCCCCCAAAGGGAAAUUUCCCAUCACAAGAGAAAAAUCCCUGGACCUGCCCGACAGACAACGUCAGGAAGCCCGGAGACGACUCAUGGCCGCCAAGCGAGCGGCGUCCUUCCGGCAGAAUUCUGCCACCGAGCGCGCGGACAGCAUCGAGAUCUACAUCCCCGAGGCCCAGACCCGGCUCUGAGGAUGGAGGCCGGCCACCUUCCCCUUGGUUGUUCCUGCUUUUUCACAAAACGCUUGUACAGUUUGUUGCCUCCCUGGUGGUUUCUGUCAUUUCUUCCACUGAACACGCCCUUGCUCUCAUGCUCCUUGUACCGUGAACACAGUGGAAUGCGGUCAGUGGCCUCAGAGUCCACGGAGCUCGUGGCGAGGACGACUUUUGUUUGUUUUUUUUUAACUGGUGGCCUGGCUCACACUCGGCUCUGAGGGACAGGCGUGGUGAGACCUGACUUCUCCUCCGUGUUCUCAGAGGACGGCGAGAAAUGCCUCUGGAGCUGGAACCCAGCUUACAUUUUGUUAUUUCUAUUUUUAUAAAUUGUGUGAUAAUUAGAGGUAAGAAUAACAAAUAACUAUAAAUGGGUGCAUCUCACCACCCCCUAGAGGCAUUAGACACCCAAGUGGAAGGUGCUACAACCUGAAGUGCAGGAAGAAAGGCCCAUUCCCCUCGCACACCUGAGCUUUUGCUCCCUGAGCACAGGCAGCCCAUCCACCCGCUCCGCUCUCCUGCUCCUGUUUGUCACAGGUAGAAAACAUUAGGCUCCUUGUGUCCAGCUUACUGUGAGGGAAAGUUCUCUCUCCAGCCACCAAACUCCCCACCAUACAGUUCUCCAGCAUCCCAGGGGAUGACAAAUCUGAACCCACUAAAAUACCCAGCACAGCAUCUACACGUUGAAAAGAUAAGCCGAGUGUUCCCACGAGGAAGUCACAGGCAGAGAGGAGAGUCUUACGGAGGGCUGGGAGCAUAAAGGGGAAACAAUGUCCUUACUUCUAUGAAAUAGUUAUUGUAUUUUUUAUUUCUUUGUAACUUAAAAUACGACACCCAGUAUUUUCUUUAAGUUUCACCAUUUACGCUACAUGUGAUUUUUUUAAUGUAUGUAUAUAUAUUCUCAAAUUGUUCUAUCAGCUGACUUUCCAGGGUAUCCUUAAAAAAAAAAACCACGAAAAAAAAAAAACACAAAAAGUUUGCUUGUUUAAAAUGACAAUUGUGAUGUUGUAAAAAGUUUCAGAAAUAUGAAUGUGAGUGGUAAGUAUAUCUCAGUUUAAAUGGUAAAGAAGAAAUGUAGUUUACAUUUGUAUUUUUCCAGAAUUAUUUUGUCCAAUGCAGUAUUGCUUAAGUCAAGAAUAUAUUCCUUGCCUGUGUUAGACCUGAAGGGAAAAAGAGGUCACAUAUUGUGAUUUCCAGCUGUGGAAUUCAAAAAAAAAAAAAUAGUGUUCAUGACUCUGUGGUCGGUGCCAGAGGAAAAUAGGAACGACUAAUAGGCUCUCCGUGUGUAUCAUUAAAUUCAGCUGCCAUGACCAUUGUUCCAACACGACUUGUUUCACAGUUCAGACCAGUCUUCGAAGGAAAAGCCUAUCAGAUUUUCCCACUGGGUUCCAGUUUCAGAGUCCUCGUUAUUACUCAGAGUAAAAGCAGGACUGCGAUGUAAGAUGUUUCCACCCCAGUACCUGGUCUUCCUUCCCGGCUUAAGGAGUACCAUGUACUUAGCCACAGGCAGAACCGCUUUCGAGGACGACCCAUAGCACUUUGUUUCUUCACCUUGAUUUGCACUUUACAGCGUCCCCGGCCCCUCUGCAGCCCGUGGCUGGCAGGGCGUUCGAGGCGCAGCUGUCCGGCAGAGCGCCCUCCAGAGCCGCGGGGUCUCCCUGCCUCAUUCGCCACAUCCCACGGAGCAUGGGACCAUUGGGAGCAGAGCUGAUACUAAAGCAUGUUUAGCUUCGAAGUUUUACUUUUUUAAAGCUGAGUAGUUAAGAAUUCCCUGUAACAACAAAACCCUGUAAAUUGAGCCUCGUAUCUGGUAUAUAUUUUACCAAACAGCCUUAAAAUAUAUUUGGAAGCAAAAAUCAGUACGAAUGUAUCUCCUUGAAAAAUGCAAAAAAAAAAAAAAAAAUUCCCUGAAAUAUUCUUCUAUAAAUGAAUCCUAUUUCCCCAGGGUGUUCAAAGCAUUUUUCUACCUAAAUACCUAAAUUUUGAGUAGUGUACAGUAAUGCUUCUUCCUAUAUCCACUCUAUUAUGUUAAAACAAAUAUAUUUGCGAGUAUUGGCAUUUUAGACUUUAAAAAUGCUGUAUGAUUUCAGAUGAACUCUGCUGUUUAGAAAUAACCACAGUAAAGCAAAGUCAGUGUGCACUCCGAGUGAAAGGAAAUGUAAUGUGGAUACAGGCCCGCCACCUCCUCACGUUGGUCUAUCUACUGGCAGCUGAUAUGUUUCACUCAUUUCCUUGAGCUGAUACAAACAUGUAUAAAAACAAACUGUUAAAGUAGACAAUAAUUAUUCGUCUCAGAUCCCAGAUUCUAUGAUCCCUGCUUAAAAUGUUCACUGGAUGUAGGUUGAUUUCUUACGUUGUGUAGACUCAUUAUUUUUCAAUCCCCAAAAGUCUUGGCCUAAACCAUCCCUAGGUGAGCAGACCAACCUACCACUACAUUGCACAGGGGUUGGUGACUCGACGUGGUGAAUGUGGACACGCCCUGCUCGGUCCGCCAUGUUCCAAAGAAGAUGAUUUAAUGGUAGAACGGAUACCUGCUGCUAGACCUGAUGGAAUGUUACCUGUCCGUGUUACAUAAUCAAGUGCAAUAUACUCAGUUCUCAUGCAGGUGACAUUCUACCAUGAAACGCAGAAGAUAAGCCAUGUUUAUGUAUUGUACAUGUCAAGAAAAAUAAAACUGUUUAUGAUACUUGUGUUAGUUACUCGAGCUAGCUUAUUUCAGCCACUUCUAGCAGAUACAUACCAUGGAGCUCACGUGUGACCAUUUCAUCAUAUUUAAAAUAUAAUUUUAAGAAAAGAGUAAACAUCCAUUGGAGAACAUGGCUGAAAAUUAUUGUGAUGUUCGCUCUAACCCCAUACCCACAUUCUCUAAUGAUACAGCCAAUGACGGGUGAAACCCAGACACUUUCCGUAUAGCUGACAGGUUGAUCCUGCUCUGUUGAAGGCUGUAGUUAAUAAAACACAAGUAUGAUAAACAGGACCUCGCAUUUAGCCCAGGAAAGGAGAAUGCUGCUUGUUACCCAGAGUGCUUUUCUUGUGAUGCGUCUCAUGCAUCUUCACGUGUUAUUGUGUUUGAAGUAAAACUAGCUGUUCUCAAUGACAAUUUUUACCAUAUUUUUCUCAGCAAAUUUAUAUCACCAUCUUAGAAUGGUAUAUAAAAAAUUGAACUGUUUAUGAUACCAAAAAAUUAGUUUUGUUUAAAAGGAAAUGUUUUCAACUCCAAAUCAAUUCUAAAAACUUCGAGCACGUAAUUGAAAGGUAAAUGGUUAGAUAAAAAUAUAAAUUACAUGUAAGGUUAUCUGGUUUUUUUGUUUUUAAAAAAAAAGGCUACAAAAUCAGUGACCUGCUAAGUAGAGGGAGUUUCUCCCUGCUGCUUCUUAUGACAGUGGCCAGGUUUAUGAUUAGAAGACACAGUGGCAGAGCGCACACGUGCAUAGGUUCUGAUUAUUUCUCUUGGAACGUAUGUCCUUGUCUUCCCUGUCUUGAUUCUUGCCUUUUCAAUGCCAUAUUAAGCAGCCACUGUUUCCACCCCUUUCAUUAGAAGGCCCUGCAUCUGUAAAUUCGCUCAUCUCUGUUUUCGUGAGAUCCUUGUAAGCAUCGCUACCCCAGUUCAGGAUGGAAUUCCACAGGAAAGUGAAGGGAUACUGCAGGCCUGUGUUUGGAGCGCCUGUAGUGACUAUAGAAUGAGCUGUAUUAGGGACCGCUCUCUGGUUUGGGCCAAACCUUUUGGGGGCGAGUAGGGAGUCGGGGAGGUGGGUCUGAGUCUUCCUCAGGAGGGCCUUUUCUAUCGGCAGGACCUCCAUCAAGUCAAGCCAUCCUGUGGUCCUGAGCACUAAGGGGCCAGGGGACCUCCUGGGAGACGCAGCUCGUGUUUCAGCUGCGUUUCAUCAGUCAGCCUUGCUUGGAAUUCUGGCAGGUUCCCUGGGGUGUUUCAGCAGACAGGAGGCCCAUGUGCCGUGGCCAAGUCAGCCUGGGUACCCCAGUCACCAGCAGGGCCAUCCUUGAUGACAGGGCCCCCCACGAACCUGGGAGAGGCAGCAGGAAAUGUGUAAGAGUGUGUGCAGGGGUACGGACGUAAAAGCGUUGCCCAAAACAGCACUGGUUCGGGGAGGGCCCCUGGAUACUUCCUUUGACCCACACUGAAAACUGGAAUCGCCCCACCUUUGAGCAUAGAAACAAGCUCCUCCAACACGGGCCGAAAUAACCAAACUCCCCGUGGUCCUUGUGUGCUCACUUCCCAGCCCUCUUCUUGUCAAGCCUGAACUUCAUUUUUUUUCUAACUGCAAAUUUAACAGGCUGGUUUAAAACAGCAGUUUUCGGACGACAGCCCCUGGGAAUGUGCGAGGGUUCUCUUGUUUUGAUCUGCAUGUCUGUUUACACUUCUCUGUAGGCAUGGGUUGAAUACAAGGUUCCAAAACUUGAAAAUAAAAGAGAAAACCAUGAGCUUAAGAGAUGAAAAAGAUGACCCCUUUCUGAGUAGGAUCCGUAACCCUGUGGACUGGGGCAACGCAAUGUGCUUCCUUCAGCACCGUGUCAGCCGUAACACACACCACGGGGGGUCAGAUCAGAGCCACGGCUUCCCUUGCGGGUGCCCCAUCUUGUUGCUAUUAGUUGGGAGUUGCAAUUCCUUGUUGGCCAUAAACAAAGUGCUAAAGGAAAGGGCUUGUUCUAUGCAUUCGGCUGAAUGUCCCCCAGCACAGAGUAGCAGCAGAAUGUUCUGGAAGUAAAGGAGAUAUUGCUAGGAAUCUCUAGGCCGUUAGUCAGGCAACCUGGCUUUUAUUCAUCCUCAGCCAGCAACUCAUCUCAGUUUUUUCCUCUGGAAAGGGGAUUAUAGUUCCUGUCCCCAUCUCCCUUGAGGACACAUUGUGAGGAUUAAUGAUAUAUUGGCUCUAAAGUCCUUUGAGCUCCUGGGAACAGGUGGUGAAAGUGUGAGUUCUUGCUAAGGAUGAGUCCCUGGCCUCUUCUGGAAUGCUGCCCUCCCAGCUCUGCAAGGGAUGCUGCCAAAAUCCAGGCUGGUUGUAAACAUCUCAGAUAAUCAGGGACCACCAGAGGCAAAGGCCAUGAGACUGUCUUUGGAAAGGUUUGGAAAUGGAGAAAUAACUAUAAGGGCCAUUCUCCUUAGCUUCUGGCUGUCAUUUCAACUGUUUCUAGAUGCUUCCAAGAACAAGAACCCAGCAUCAACCAGAAUUAGGCCACGUUUUCACCAUUACUUAAGCUCAGUUGCCUCUUAGAUGAAAUGAGGAGAUACACUAAACAUUAAAGUGAUAAAGGAAAAAAAAAAUUUGGAAGCAGAAAAUUGCAUGGGUAGGGAAACAGCAGGAACGAAAUCAGACACAGUGACUCAAACCACAGAAGGGUUUGAGAAGCCCACCCCUCUAAUUAAUUCCUCUAUUUCACACUUCAGAGAAGGCAGAGGUGGUCCGUGGGAAAGCUCUGGGAAAUAACCAUCUUUCAUCCUUGCCACAUUGAAAAAUGUCCACAAUUUUAUGAAUUGCUGUCCUAACUCUGGCGUUUUUAUCCAGUGUUAAAAUAAAUUAUUUCAAGUUUCAAUGUAAACACUUAACAGAUGACUUCUUUGCAGAGGAAAUGUUCGUUACCUACUAUCAAACUACUUUUUAACAGAUUUUGUACAUACACACACCAAGGUGACAGAGAUUUACCUCCCUACUUUCUUAGAUUUUAUGUAACUCUUUUCAUUGGUGCUUAUUCAGAACCUGAAAGCCUUGGGCAUCCAAGCUUUCACCUACUCAAUGGAGGAGAGGUGAUAAUGAAGGAAAAGAUUGACACCAGGUUUCUUGGACAAAUUUAAGUUCAAAUUUAUCUCUUUCAAGUAGACCAUGGUCUCCCUAGAGAGUGUUUUGGUUUGGGUCUGCCAGUACGACAAAGGAUGCUCCCAGCUUGAUCGUGGUACCUUAUGGAAGCCACUCACCCAUUCUCUGAUUUACCCCCAAAACACUACCAUGCCCCAGCCCCACUCAUUUGAAUAAUACAAUCAUAUCACUUUCAAAGGGCUCAGCAUGAAUGUCCCCCUCACUCCACUUUCUAACUGGUUUGCUGAACUCAACAAAGCUUCCCCUUACGAGCAGUGAGACCUAGUCUCCUUUUGAAUGCUUCCUUCCGAACGGUGAGCCACUUCACUCUCGGACAGGACAGGUCCUCCCUGCAGAGACACAACUCAUCCCUGACCUUCCAUACUACAGACCAAAAUACCCAGGUGUGGCCUAAGGACUACAUUAAAUGCCUCCUAUAGAAAUUCAAGGAAUGUUAGAACCAGGAAACUAGCUGUUUAGUUAAAGUUUUAAAGAAGUAUAUAAAUAUAUAUAUAUAAAAAUAUAAAUAUGAAAUCAUAUCGAGUGUGAGGAUGAACAGAGUGCCAAAUAUUCAGCAUCUGUACAAAGUCAUUCACUGGAAUUAAACUAUUUUAUGUAAUUCUUUCUCAUGCUUUUAUGGUUCUUUUGAUAAAUUCUAUUUAGUAGCAUGCAGGAUACCUAAUCUGAAUGUGCAAUAUGCUAUUCAUCACCGCGACAAUUUCUUACUUCUUCUUAGUAACUUAUCAGAAUGUUGGUCGUUCCUUUAAGGCAUUUAAGGAUUGCUUUAUUUGUGUUCUUUUUUCCCAUGACUUUUUUUCACUCAUCUGACUGUAAGAAAUGCGCACCGUUUCCGCCAUAACCCUCUGUGAUGAUGCCUCCAUUUGACUUCUGUAUCGCUGUUCACCUCCUGUAAAUAGUUCUGCAAUUAAAUUUUUUGAGAAAAGUAA